UCUGCCGCCUCAUUGACUCUUUCAAUCUGGACGGCUGCAACGAUGACAUGGAUAUUGAUCAGAGCGACUCUGUAACACCUGACAUGGAUACCGAUGAAGAGCCAGAACACAUCCAACAUGAUGAGCCAGAGCCUAUGGAAGGCAUCGAGUACUCUGAAAACUUCGACUCAAGCCCGCCAGUUAGUCUGCCUGCUCGUCGACCAUCUAUACUCAGGAACCAUAUCAGUUCUCGUCCAAGACCAUCGAGAACGCCUGACCGUUUCGUCUUUGACAGGUCUCUUGACGUGCAUCCUCGGGAAAGACUCAUGCUGUCCACCCCUCCUCAGGAACUUCCUGCUGAUGACAAGUGGAGUCGUCGCCAGUCCCAUGCCCAUGACGCCUUUGGAUCCAAGAUCAAGGUCACUCGGCGCCCGAACCUCGCCAAGUCUCCACUCGCUGCCCGUGCCUCCAGGACUCCGAGCUUGUUCAUGAGUAGUCGUGUCAACCCUCUCGGUCUUGUCACCCCUAAGAGUCCUCGUGAGAUCAGUCGAGGCGCCGUAUGGAAUGUUGGAGGCUCGUCACCUGCUCACCCUGUCGACGGUGUUCGAAGUAUAAGCGACGGUCGAGGNGGGCACAUCACCAGCGGUACAAAUGCACCAAUGUUUAGAUCGGAUUUCUCUAACCACGUGCACGACGACACUGAUCACUUGCACAUUCAUGGGAAGCGUUUGAGUGCUGCUAUGGAAGUUGAUCAAGCCAAUAGGGUCUUGGACCAAGGUUCAGGCCUGCUUACUCCAUCACACUCACCGAACGUCGAUGCUGCUAGCAGUUUCAGUCCUACUGUCUGGCGAAACAAUGAAUGGACAAAGCCUAGUUCUCCUCCNAUUGCAACGCAUACAGUGCAAACCAAGAAAGACUGUUCCGGUCAUCCCCUUCAGAUAAGUCCAUAUAGNCUCUUUGUUGCUCAGCCAAUGCUGACCGCUUACACAGUUCUGGAUGCACCAGCUCUUCGUGAUGACUACUACUGUUCCCUCCUGGCGUACUCGAACACAGCGAAGUGUCUCGCGGUCGGUCUUGGGGCACAAGUCUACACGUGGUCAGAAGUCCGAGGAGUAGAGAGUCCUGAGAGUCUCGGCCAGCCCUUUGCUGGGCAUGUUACUUCGCUUUCAUUCUCGUCGACAGAGGGCGAAAGGUCCAUCCUUGCUGUCGGGCGAUCUAACGGAUCCAUAACGCUUUGGUCUCCUUCAGAGGAGGGCCCACGAUUCAGUUAUACUCAUCGUUCUUCGGUCGCUUGUGUCUGUUUCAGUCCUCGAACCUUUCGCAGAGCGUCUGUCCGUCAUUCUGGUGUCAAGGUGCAGGUGGAGUAUCUACUGGUCGGCGAUGAAGCUGGCCACAUCUACCUAUACUCAGUAGAGUGGCCAACCGCAGAAGAUGUGGAUGUUUUCGCAUGGCCUGGCAGCAUGACCGUUCUUGCACGUCUCGACCUUCACUCACAACAAAUCUGUGGGCUAGCCUGGAGCCCUGAUGGCCAGUUNUUUGCUUCAGGUGGUAAUGAUAAUGCGCUGUGCGUCUUCGAGACUCGACGAGUCUUGCAACUCGAGAACAUCACGCCACAACACCUGAUCAUGGUAAGAGAUGACUUUGCCUACUAUUCACCUGCUGGCCAAGAAGAAGCGAUAUGGAUCUUGCCAGGUCGCGAGAGUCACCAUUACACAUUGAAUGCAGCAGUGAAGGCUCUAGCUUUCUGUCCGUGGCAACCUUCGCUACUAGCAGCAGGUGGAGGAAGCAACGAUCGCUGUAUUCACUUCUACCAUACCAUUUCCGGAGCGAAGCUUGCAACUAUCGACUGCUCGUCACAGGUCACGAGUCUAGUCUGGAGCAGAACCCGUCGCGAGAUUGCUGCUACAUUUGGCUUCACUCAACCAGACCAUCCUAUUCGUGUGGCUGUCUUCUCAUGGCCGGCAUGCGAAUGCAUCUACGGCGAAGAGCGUGCUCUCUGGGCUAUCGGGUUUCCUGGUGGACCGGACAGUUCCAAUCCUGGCGAAAGCUCUGGUAGACCAUCGGCAAGAGAAGGCACACCGUGGUAUGCAAGACGAACGCGUGCAGAAGGCUGUCUGGUAGUGGCUUCCAGCGACUCGAGCAUCAAGUUUCACGAAGUCUGGAGCGAGGAGCCGAUGUCAAAUCGAAGUGGACCGGUGAAGCCCAUGGGUACGAGCACGGGUCUCAUGGGAUGUCUGGGAGGCAGUGAUAUCCUUGAGUCGCUCCAUGGGGUAGAGAAGGAGGGUGCUUCGGUGAUUCGG